AUGUUUUCUAAUAAAGUUUCUGCGAUCUCUCAUUCAAAAUCUGAUCAGCCUAAUCCACCACAAACAACUGGUAGCCAAUCAGAAUCACGUUGUGAAUACUGUCGACGAAAAUGGAAGAAGAUUCUUUUGACGAGUCUAACAACAGCACUAAUUACGACCAUAGGCGUUAUCGUUAUAAUGAUUAUGGCAAAGAAAAACUCAGCUCGACCUGCUACUACCGCAAGAUCGACAACGACAACUGUUACGAUGAUAACAACAACUAUUACGGCGACAACCACUACUGUUAUGAGGAGAACCACUACAACCGUUCCCAUGAAAGUGCGAAAAAGCUUUCAGCGCAAUCCAUCUGGAGAAAUUUUAAGCGCAUAUACUGGUCGGUUUAUUUCGCAGUCUGCAUGCCUAUUUAUCUAA